AUGCUGCGCAACGGGGCGGCGGGCGGCGGCGGGGCCGCGGCGGGCGGCGGCGGCCACCGGCCCGUGCGCGUCUGGUGCGAUGGAUGCUAUGACAUGGUGCACUACGGCCACUCGAACCAGCUGCGCCAGGCACGGGCCAUGGGCGAUUACCUGAUCGUUGGGGUCCACACCGAUGAGGAGAUUGCCAAGCACAAGGGUCCCCCCGUCUUUACACAGGAGGAGAGGUACAAAAUGGUGCAGGCCAUCAAGUGGGUGGAUGAGAUUGCUCCUGGAGCUCCUUAUGUCACCACGCUGGAAACCCUGGACAAGUACAGCUGUGACUUCUGCGUGCAUGGGGAUGACAUCACCUUAACUAUCGAUGGCAAGGACACCUAUGAGGAAGUAAAGACAGCAGGGCGAUACAGGGAAUGCAAGCGCACCCAGGGCGUGUCCACCACUGACCUCGUUGGCCGCAUGCUGCUCAUGACCAAGGCUCACCACAGCAACAUAGAUGAGGACCUAGACUAUCGGAAGCACACUGACAACUUUGGGAAGGGGCCCAAGGGUCACAGUCCCUGGACUGGUGUCUCGCAGUUCCUGCAGACAUCCCAGAAGAUCAUCCAGUUUGCAUCAGGGAAGGAGCCCCAGCCAGGAGACACCAUCAUCUACGUGGCUGGAGCCUUCGACCUAUUCCAUGUUGGCCACGUGGAUUUCCUGGAGAAGGUUCACCAGUUGGCAGAGAAGCCCUACAUCAUUGCUGGGCUGCAUUUCGAUCAGGAGGUGAAUCGCUACAAAGGGAAGAACUAUCCCAUCAUGAACAUCCACGAGCGAACCCUCAGCGUCCUGGCCUGCAGGUAUGUCUCAGAGGUGGUGAUUGGAGCUCCCUACGCUGUCACUGCUGAUCUGCUGGAUCACUUCAGGGUGACGCUUGUUUGCCAUGGGAUGACUGAGGUGGUGCCGGACAAGGACGGUUCUGAUCCAUAUGAGGAACCAAAGCGACGUGGCAUUUUCCAGCUGGUGGACAGUGGCAGCAAUCUCACCACAGAUCUAAUUGUGCAAAGAAUCAUCAAGAACAGGCUGGAGUUUGAAGCUCGCAACCAGAAGAAAGAAGCCAAAGAGCUGGCUGUGCUGGAGGCCAUGAGGAGGCUGGAGCAGGAGAAGCACUAGGCUGCAGAGGGGCGUGUGUGAACCAGCGAGAGCUGCAGCUUCACCCUCUGCGAGAGCAGCUGCUCUGCAGGACAGGAGCCCUGAAGGGGGCAGCCCUGCUGGCGCGCAGGAUGUGCUGCCCUAGCUCCUCCUGCACUAAUUACGCAGACAUAAACGAGUUGGGAUUCCGUUGCCUAGUUUUAUUUCCGUUAAUCAGUCCCUGUCCCUUUUCCCAGGAGGAGAUUUGACAAAACAAAAAGGUUUUAAUUAUAACUAAUGUUUUAA